CCCAGGCCCAGGUGGGCCCCUCCCCAGGCCUGGGCUUUGGGGGCGGAAAUUCCUGUGCGGGCCAGACAGAGCGGGCGCGGAUCCGAGCGGGCGGAGCUCGGCCAUGGAGCCGGUAGAGACCUGGACCCCCGGGAAGGUGGCAGCUUGGCUGAGAGGCCUCGAUGAAUCCCUGCAGGACUAUCCCUUUGAGGACUGGCAGCUGCCUGGCAAGUACCUGCUCCAGCUCUGUCCCCGCAGCCUCGAGGCUCUAACUGUGUGGCCUCUGGGCCACCAGGAGCUCAUCCUGGAUGGGGUGGAACAGCUCCGGGCCCUGAGCUCCGGCCUACAGACGGAGAACCUGCAGAGCCUGACAGAGGCGCUGCUGGAGGGGACCCAUGCCUUCCAGAGCUUAGUCCAGGGCCGCCUGGGGGACUGUGCCGAGACCCCUGCCGAUGUCCUCAGUGCGGCUGUGGAGCUGGUGCGUGAGGCCCACGCCCUCCUCUUCUGGCUUAACAGGGACCUCUUCUCCCACUUAAAUGACUUCUCAGCCUGCCAGGAGAUUGGGGAGUUGUGUGGCGAGCUGGGCCAGGCCUUGCAGGAGGACUGCCCAGCAGCUGCGAAAGAGAGCACAGUCCUGAGGAUCUGCAGCCAGGUGGCCACAAUCUGCCACAACAUCCUGAGCUACAGCCCGGAGGAGCUGCUGGAGCAGAGGGCUGUGCUCGAGCGGCUACAGCUGGACGAUCCUUUGGGCCUGGAAAUCCACACCACCAGCAACUGCCAACACUUUGUGUCCCGAGUGGGCACCCAGGGCACCACCGAGUCCCGACUGCAGAUCCUGCCUGGAGACGAGGUUGUCCAGAUCAACGAGCAGGUGGUGGUGGCCUGGCCCCAUAAGAAUGUGGUGACAGAGCUGCUACGGGAGCCAGCUGGGGUCACCUUAGUCCUGAAGAAGAUCCCUGUGCCGGAGACCCCCCCACAGACACCCCCGCAGGCCCUGGACAGCCUGCACCUGAGGAACCAGUCGCUGUCUCUGGCCUCCCUGUCUCCCAGGGCCUCAUCUGAAGACGUUUUUGCCUUCGAUUUGACUUCAAACCCAAUUCCUGGGCCCAGCCCUGCCUGGAGAGGUAGUUUCAAAGCCCUGCCAGACUCUACCUCGCUUGAUCCUGAGCCCCUGCCCACCCUCCCUGUGCCCCCAGCCACACCCCCAGCAGGGGUAGCAGAGACUCCUGAGGCUCCAGGGCCCCCAGGAUGCCCUGACCAGAGUCCUGCUCUUGGUCGGAAGAAAUCAAAAGGGGUGGCGACACGGCUGAGCCGCCGGCGGGUGUCAUGCCGGCAGCUGGGCCGGCCGGACUGCGACGGCUGGCUCCUGCUGCGCAAGGCACCCGGUGGCUUCAUGGGCCCGCGCUGGCGCCGCUGCUGGUUUGUGCUCAAAGGACACACGCUCUACUGGUACCGCCAGCCCCAGGAUGAGAAGGCCGAGGGCCUCAUCAAUGUCUCCAACUAUAGUCUGGAAAGUGGACAUGAUCAGAAGAAAAAAUAUGUGUUCCAGCUCACCCAUGACGUGUACAAACCCUUCAUCUUUGCCGCCGAUACCCUGACAGAUCUGAGCAUGUGGGUGCGCCACCUCAUCACCUGCAUUUCCAAGUACCAGUCUCCAGGCCGGGCCCCCCCACCCCGAGAGGAAGGUAAGUGUCUCACAGGGGUGGGUGAGAGGAACCCUCCCCUGACCUGUCUUUCCUGGGAUGGGGACAAGGACCUCAAAUACUCCAGCCCACUCCCCAGCCUCCCAAUCCCCCCCAAACUGUGUGGGUUCCCACCUGCCUGUCCUACCCCAGACUGCUACAGUGAGACGGAAGCAGAAGACCCUGACGAUGAGGCUGGGUCCCGCUCAGCUUCGCCCAGCUCUGCUCAAGCUUGGAGUCCACUCCAUGGAGACACAUCCCCUGCAGCCACCCCCACGCAGCGCAGCCCACGGACUUCCUUCGGCUCCCUAGCAGACAGCGGUGAAGGGGCACUGGAAGGAAUGGUACGGGGGCUGAGGCAGGGUGGCGUGUCACUUCUGGGCCAGCCACAGCCCCUGACCCACGAACAGUGGCGGAGCUCUUUCAUGCGGCGCAACCGAGACCCCCAGCUCAAUGAGCGAGUGCACCGUGUGCGGACGCUACAGAGCACACUCAAGGCAAAACUGCAGGAGCUGCAGGCCCUGGAGGAAGUGCUAGGCGACCCCGAGCUGACAGGAGAGAAGUUCCGCCGGUGGAAGGAGCAGAACCAAGAGCUGUACUCGGAGGGCCUGGGGGCCUGGGGAGGGGCGCAGGCUGAGGGAAGCUCCUACGUCUUGACCUCUGACUCCAGAGAACAGUCCUCUCACCCCCUGCCCUCUGAUCCCGAGGAGCACUCCCAUCUCUGCCCCCUGACCUCUCACCCUGGCCAGCACCCUAGCGCCUGACCUCUGGCCCAAGAACCACCUCAACCCCAGCCUCUGACGUGUCCAGGAUGGAGCGUCCCCAGAUUGUGCUCAGGGCCAAAGCAGCUAGUCCACGGUCUCGCCUCCACCUGGGCUCCCACCACUCCCACCUCCCCCGGAGGGGGGUAAAGUGAGCUUUGUCUCCCCCUUGCUGAAGAACAAACUCUCCCACCCCAUCCUCAGAUCUGUGGGGGUGCAGCCCUGCCCCUCAGCCCCUUGGCAGUUCUCCCCAAAACCAGGCCUGUACAGGCAUUCUUUAUUUGACAUGAGGGGCACUCUGCAACCAAAUAAAGUCAAUUUCUCUAAAAAUGAA